AUGGAAUCACUACUAGGAGUGAAAAUUGGCUGCCUCUUUGCCCUGCUGGUUCUCACCCUGGUCUGUGGCCUUAUUCCCAUCUGCUUCAAGUGGUUCCAGAUCGAUGCCGCCACAGGUCGUCACCGCCGGGUCCUCAGCCUCCUGGGCUGCACCUCUGCUGGUGUUUUCCUGGGAGCAGGGCUCAUGCACAUGACCGCUGAGGCCCUGGAGGGAAUUGACUCAGAGAUCCAGAAGUUUAAGAUGCAGAACAGGACAGAAAGGGAGGGAGAUGCUUCUGAUGAUGCUGAUUCAGCUCAGGUGGAGUAUCCCUACGGAGAGCUUAUCGUCUCCCUGGGCUUCUUCUUUAUCUUCUUCUUGGAGUCGCUGGCAGCGCAGUGCUGUCCUCAGGCCGCUGGGGGAAGCACGGCGCCGGAGGAGUGGGGCGGGACUCAUGUCCUGGACCUCCACAGCCAUGGACCCCCACCCUCACCCUCAAAGGGGCCCCUCCGGGCCCUCGUCCUCUUGCUGUCACUCUCCCUUCACUCAGUGUUUGAAGGGCUAGCCGUGGGGCUGCAGCCCACAGUAGCAGCUACCGUGCAGCUCUGCCUCGCUGUCCUGGCUCACAAGGGGCUCGUCGUGUUUGGGGUAGGACUGCGGCUGGUGCAGGCAGGCACUGGCUCACGAUGGGCCACGUUGUCCAUACUGUCGCUAGCUCUCAUGUCCCCCACGGGCCUGGUCCUGGGGCUGGCUGUGACCCAGGGGGACCCUAAAGGGGGGCAGGGCCUAGCCCAGGUGGCGUUAGAAGGUGUGGCAGCCGGCACCUUUCUGUAUGUCACCUUCCUGGAAAUUCUGCCCCGGGAGCUAGCUGGCCCUGAGGCCCCUCUGGCCAAGUGGGGCUGCGUAGCCGCUGGUUUUGCCUUCAUGGCCUUUAUUGCCUUGUGGGCCUGA